AUGGCAAAAGCCGAGGAAAUCUUUUCCACGACCACCUCUACGGAGGGUACUAGCGAGAAUUCUAGCACAAAUGAAGCAGUUGAGAGAGCCAAUCCCAAUCCGUCAAAAGAGCGCAGCUUUUUCGCCUGGUUUGACAAGAAUGAUGGCCCAAUCGAGCGACGUCUCAUCUUGAAAUUAGACUUCCUGACGCUCAGCUUUGCCUGCCUGGGCUUCUGGGUUAUGUACAUAGAUCGAGGCAUUCUUGCCAACGCAUAUGUCAGUGGAAUGAGAAGUGACCUCAAGUUGUUUGGGAAUGAAUUCGUUCAACUCGGCUCGGUAUUCACAGUCGGCUAUGCCACAUCUAUGAUUCCUGCGACACUACUAGUCACCAAAGUUCCAGCGCAUAUUGUCCUUCCGCUGAGUACCUUCUCCUGGGGGCUGUUCACCAUGCUUGCAUUUUGGGCCAAAAACUUCAGCCAACUAGCAGCCUACCGAUUCAUUAUCGGCUUCUGCGAAGGUCCUUUUUUCUGCAGCAUCCAUUAUGUUCUUGGCAGCUGGUAUAGACCCGAUGAGCUGGUCCGCAGGGCAGGCAUCUUUUACAUGUCUUCUGGAGCCGGCACCAUCUCGACCGGUGUACUCGCCGCACGUAUCUAUUCUGACCUGGACGGAGCCCUUGGCCAUGCUGGAUGGAGGUGGAUGUUUCUCAUCGGCGCUUUAUGCACCUUUCCUAUCGCGAUUUGGGGUGCUGUAUUGUUCCCUGGCGCUUUGAGAGAAGAGAAGAGAUGGUUUAUGACUCCCGCGGAACACACGAUUGCGUUGGAACGUAUGCGGCUCGUUGGUCGUUCAAGCCCUAAAGGACUGCCAUUUGCCUGGUCUUCUGUCAAGCGAUUCUUUGGUCGCUGGCAUUGGUGGGUCCUGGUGCCGUGGAAUAUCAUUUGGAUUCUGGGUAUGGGCUGGUGGGGCCAGCAUAUUCUAUGGCUACGAGCUCAACCUCAGUACAGCAUUGUGCAGGUUAACAACUACACAGCUGUUAGCCCAAGUCUUGGGGUGGUAUUCAUUUUUGCCUUUUCUUGGGUGGUCGACAAGUGGGGAGAUAAAGCUAAGAUACCCCUUUUUGGCUUUGUGACUACGAUGACUUUCAUCGCAUCUCUCGGCUUCGUCCUCUAUGACAAAUCCUCAAUUCAAUGGAAGUGGUUUUCUGUGUCUAUCGGCUACAUGCUGGUUUCCCUCUCACCUGUCAUUUACUCUCACGCCAAUCUAGUCUGUGCUGGUGAUGCCGAAGAACGAGCAUUUGUCAUCAGCUCGAUGCUUGCAACAGGUACAGCUUUCAACGCUUGGGUUCCUCUGUUCGUUUGGCCUACAGUCGAAGCACCACGGCUCUUCAAGGGCUACACAUUUACGACGGUGCUGCAACCCGUGUACUUUGCCUUCAGUGUAUUCGUCUUCGUUUAUUCGAAGAAGAAGAUGAAGCAGGAAGCCAGCGAGAAGAUUGCGGCGGAGGCACAGGCAAUUGAGGCAUGA